CUCCGUCCCACCUGCCCCGCAUCCAUCCGUGUUCCCGGGAUCCCCCCACCCCUUUCCCACCUCCCAGCCGAAUGGCCCCGGCCCGGCCCCGCCGCGGGACGCGGAGCCCGGGGGCUCGGGGCCAGCCGCCCCCGCAGAGCCUGGCCCGGGGCCUCGGCGCUGGGAGCCCCGGGGCUGCGCCGUGCCAGCGGCGGCUGCGGAUCCCAUCAGCGGUGGAGGCCGCCCGGGGGGACAGCACGGGGGCAGGGCCGGCCUUGCCGUGCGGGCAGAAAGCGUCGGGCAGCGGGAUGGCGGGCAUGGCGCUGUCCCUCUGCCUGGUCCUCGCAGCCGCCCUGCAGGGCGGCCUGACCCGGGCAUCGGGGCCCCCGGCCCGCCCCGGGCCGCUGCUCCUGCGGCUGCGGCGCCUGGAGGAGCAGUUUCUCCGGCUCCAGGAGGUGACACUGAACCAUCUCCAGAGCAUCGCCAGCAACUACAACAUCUCCUACAACAUCGACGGGCGUUUCCAGGCGCUGGCGGAGCAGGCGGAGGCGGCCGACGCUGCCCGGGCCGCCCUGGCUGCGGAGCUGGCCCGCCUGGCCGCUGCCGGCCGGCGGCUGCGGCGCAGGCUGAAGCGGCUGGAGGGGACGGUGGGUGCCCUGAGCCCACAGCCCCUGCUCACCCACCCUUCGGCCGCACCGGCGGAGGCUGGCACCGCAGCGCCCGGUGUGGCAGACGCCGCCCGCAGCCGGGGCAGGCAGCUGGAGCGGCAGAAGGGUGCCCGCAGCACCCCCGGGCCCCGGCAGCACGAAGGGCUCUGGCUGCCGGCUGCUGCCGGGCCUGGCGGGGCACCCGGGGGGGAUGAGGAGAGCCCUCGGGAUGCGGCACCAGCACCCCAGGUCGCGGCAGCGGCGCUGCCCACCGUAACCACGGCUCGCCAGGAGCAGCCCCCGGCCCCCCGGCAGCCGGGAGAGGCCAGGCACGGCCCCCCCGUGCCCCAAUCCCCCGCCUGUCGCACCGGUGCCGUGCUGCUCUUCCCCAACGCCUCCGGCGAGCACGGGGCCGUCCUGGCGCUGGGGCCGCAGCGCGGGCUGCGGGCGGUGUCACUCUGUGCCUGGCUGGCCACCCCCGCCCCUCGCCUCGGCGCUCUCCUCUCCUACGCCCCCGAGGGCGGGCGCAGCGAGCUGGCCGUGCUCGGCCGCGGCCGGGAUCGGCCUGGCUCGGCACGCUUCACCCUGGGGCACGGGCAGUUUCGGGAGCUGCCGGUGGCGCCGCUCCUGGACGGCAAAUGGCACCACCUGUGCCUCACCUGGUGCUCCGGCCAGGGCCGGUACCGCUUCUACGUGGACAGGAGGCUGCUGGCUGCCGGCUCCGGCUUCCAGCAGGGCUAUGGAAUCCCCGCUGCUGGCUCGCUGGUGCUGGGCCGGGGGCAGGACGGCCCCAACACGGACCUGAGCGCUGGAGAAGAUUUUGUGGGUCACCUGGCUGGCUUCGCUCUCUGGAGACGGGCUCUCCUGCCCGGGGAGGUGGCCAGAAUGGCGAGCGGGCGGGGGCUGCCCCGAGGCCCCCUCCUCACGCUGGCCGGUGCCUCCUUGCGGGGCGGGGUGCGGAGCGUGGCGUGUCCCUGCCUCCAGCGCUGCCUCGGACGGGGCUGACAGCGGUCACGGCUGGCUCACGGAGCCGCUCCCGGCCCGAGCUGGAUGCUCCCGGGGUGAUGGCACACCCAGCACGGAGGGCGUCUCGGGAGCGGCACCACCGAGGGGGAAAGGGGUCUUGGCAGCCAGAGGUGGGACCAAAGCCAGAGGUCGCCUGCUCCUAGAGGAUGUACAGCCCUGGUUCCUAUUAAAAUGCUCCCAGCGUUGGAGAAACCCAGUUUAUCUCGGUCCUGCUCAUUCACUGCAGUGCUCACAGCCGGCCAGGGGCCGCUCAGCGCGGGCAGCGGGAGUGGGUGGCACUGCUCGUUCCCUGCGCAGAGUCAGAGCAGGGGAAGCGGGGCACGGGACAGCCCGUGGCCGGGGUGAGCCGGAGCCGGUGCCGAGCGCUGCCCCUGCCCGCGGGGCCCCUCGGCGGGGCAGGGCUUUGGCCCGAGCUGCGCUGCUCCGUCAGGCGAAGCACACUCUCUCCCGAACGUCUGCUCUGCGGAGUUCUGUGCCGGGAGAGCUGGAGCAGCGUCGGCUCCGGCCGUUCCCGGAGCCCCGCGUUCCCGGGGGCGGUGGGGCCGUGCUGCCGGCUGGGGCAGAGCCUCGCAACCUCUCGGGCCGCCGCCACCGGGGUUCUGCUCAUUCCA